UAGGAUCAUUUCUCUGUGAAGAAUAUAUCCCAAAUUGAAAUUUGCACUGUUUUUCGUUCAUGCGAAAAUUUGCGUUGUUUUGGUUCAAGCGCAAAGCCCUCUCUUUUUCAGUUCAAACGAAAACCCCUCUCCCUCUUUCUCGCACCCAUCGGACAAUUUAGCUUCGGGUUGGAUUAAGCCCCAACCUCAAUGACGUUCAAAGCUCUCCUCUUCAAGAUCCAAAACCCUAGUUUACAUGCCAUGGCCGUGCUUGUUCACAAGGCCAUUUUCUUCCCUCUCGGAUUCAGAAUUUAGCGUUAGUUCGUCUCAGUUAAGUGAUAAUGUGAAUGAGAUCUGUCGGAUAUUAAGCGAUUAUCGAAGCCCUAAUCAUGAUAUGGAACCUUCACUCGAGCGGUUUAAUGGAGAAUUAACAACUGAUUUAGUGGAGCAAGUACUGAAAAGGUGUAAAGAUCUUGGAAAUUCUUCUCAUAGGUUCUUUAUAUGGGCCUAUAAACGCCCUGACUUUAAACACAGUGAGCAGAGUUAUCGAAUUUUGGUGGACAUUUUAGGUAGCAAUCGACACUUUCCUAUGAUUUGGGACCUGGUUUUCGGUAUGAAAAAUGAUGGUUUUGAGAUCAAAAGAGAGCUUUUCUGGGUUAUGUUCAGGAGUUACGCUAGGGCUAACUUACCAACUGAUGCUAUUCGAGCAUUUCGUAGAAUGGAAGAAUUUGGGAUCAAACCAUCUAUUGAUGAUCUUGAUCAGUUAAUUUACACUCUUUGUAAACACCGCCUUGUGGAUUAUGCUCAUAAAUUCUUUGAAAAAGCAAAGUUCGAGUUUGCAGUGAGCUCAAAAUCUUACAGUAUUCUUAUAAAUGGGUGGGGUGAAAUUGGCAAUUGGGUUGAAGCUGAGAGUCUUUUUCAUGAAAUGGUCAAAGAAAAAGUCCCUUUAGAUAUUGUAGCCUACAAUACUUUACUUGGGUCUCUGUGUAAAUCUGGAAAGGUUGAUUACGCACACAAGCUAUUUCGUGAAAUGGGUUCUUAUGGCCUUGUGCCUGAUGCUUUUAGUUACAGUACAUUUGUUAAUGCUUACAGUGAGGCAGAUGAUGUUAAUUCAGCCAUUCGAGUAUUUGAUAGUAUGAGGAGGCAUAACUUAGUGCCGAAUGUGUACACAUACAAUUCACUGAUCAAAGUUUUGUGUAAGAAUGAGAGGGUUGAUGAUGCGUAUGGGCUUUUGGAUGAAAUGAUUGAGAAGGGUUUAAGUCCUGAUUUGUGGAGCUAUAACACCAUUCUAGCUAUACACUGCAAUGUUCGGGAAGUCAAUAAGGCUCUUAGACUUCUCAAUAGGAUGGAUAGAGACUUGUGCAAGCCAGACAAACAUACUUAUAAUAUGCUUCUCAAAAUGUUGAUAUUGGUGGGAAGGUUCGAUAGAGCUGUAAAAGUUUGGAAUGGUAUGGAAGAGAGAGGGUUUUAUCCUGCGGUGACUACUUAUGCAGUCAUGAUACAUGGGUUGUGCAAGAGAGGGAGAAUCGAAGAUGCGUGUUCACACUUUGAGACAAUGAUAGAUGAAGGAGUGCCUCCUUAUACUUCUACAUGUGAGUUAAUAAGGAAUCAUCUUGUACACUUAGGGAUGCAGGAUAAGGCUCGUGUAAUUGCAAAUAAAAUGCAGAGAGCUAGCUCUUGCUCGAUUCAAGAGCUCUCAAUUAUGUUUGAUUUGCCAUUGCCCGUGAAGGCCAUUGAAACCCGGUCUAAGAAAGGGGUCAAGGUUCGCUUAGGGUCCAAGAGAAAACGAGAAACGUUAAUAAAAAAAGCGGGAGUUGGAGAGGGCAACUGAGUAAUGAAAAUUGCCUUGCUAUUAUAAUAUUUUUGUUGGUUCCUAUUGCGACAUUGUCUAUCACUAAAAGCCGAGGUCUCAAUUUGUUUACUUACCUUAGAAUUUAGCUUCUAUGAUGAAAACAAAUCGCGAUCAUGACAAGAAGGUUGUCGUAGGAAACAAUCGUUUCGUGGAGAAAGCCAAUGUGAGAAGCACUUGAUUUCAAUAUAUCAGAAGACUUGGGAGGAGGAUAAAUGGGUAACUUUAGCAUAGAUUUUUUUUUGAGAAAGGUUAACAUUGGGUAACUUAGCAUGGAUUGAUGCAACAACAUCACCACCGAACCAUUAAAUUUGAGAUAAAUGGCAGAAAGUUCUCAUAAGUUACCAUAAAGAUAGGUCAACAAGAUUUCUCCAGGAAACAGAAACAAGGGCAUCUCCACUUCUAAAAGUGGUUGCUUAGCAUUCAAGAAAGAAAGGGACAACCUUCUUCUAUCCCUUUUGGAAAUUCUUUUUAACCAUUUGCUAUUCUACAUAGGAAUGGCUAAUUUUGAAAAUUUAAGAAUGUGCGGUUUUUGUUAGCCAUUUGUUGGUGGAUUUCCUAUGCUUCAUCUGAUGAUGAUAUGAAUGCAACAACAGCAUACAGGUAACCAACUUCAAAUAUGAGUAACCGUUGUUACAUAUAUAUCCAUAGAAUAAAGUCUUCAUAUGAAGGUUUUCGUGUUUAUAUCAACAAGGCGCAUUCUUGUUUUGCUAGAGAUAAAUUUCCAGUGUGAAAAGGGUAUUCCAUUUCAUUUUUUGCAUAUUUACCUGUGACUAAGUGUUUUUUUAUGUGAUGUGCAUACUUGAACGUGACCCACCAAAGUAGAAUAACAUAUGAUAUUUAGGGUUGAAUAGCUAAUUGAUACCUUUUUUGUAGUUUUAAGGCUGCAUGCAUAUGGGCGGACAUCGUUUUGUAAUUUUCGUUUGCUCAGGAAUUGCGAGAUACCAAUAUGCUCACACAUGAGUAGAUUAAUAACAUGAAAUUAAGGACCUAAACUAUCCUGUCAUUUAAGAGCCUUGAACCCAAGAGUGAACCCCAUUGCCUUUUCAAAUAACAUCCAUUGGAUCUUUUCUAUUUCAUAGUUAACAUAUUCCAAAGCACAACUCUAGUGUUCUAUACAAUAUUGUGGCAUUUUGGUUAGUUUUGGGCCUUUUGGCCUACAAAUAUGGACCCAUCAUGAACAUUGUUCUGCCUAGAUUUCGUUAUGAGUGUGGGGGGCAUUUUAUUUGGUUUGGUUUAUUGAGUGGUCUAGUUUAUCAAAUGAUUCUACUUCCUCUUAUCAGGCAGACCUCUAUGCCUUCAUACAAUAAGGUUCCUAAAGGAAAUGGGGGUAUCGGCCUCCUCUUAUCUGGACUUAAUCCCGCCUAGCUUCUGUUUUGAGCAACAACAGACUUCCUUGUUUCUAAGUCUCAAGUCUUUGGUACCCGAUGGGGUUUUUAGAUUUUUCUUGGAUCCCUCAAUUUAUCUUAUUUGAAGAUCUUCAUCCAUAUUCAGAAAUUAUAUGCUGAUUUCUAAUUGAGUUGUGGCCUUGUUCCAAGUGUAGGUGUUUGGUACUUGGUUGUUCUACUAAGUAUAUAGAUCCCAUUUUUUUUUUAAUUGUGAGAUAUCGGUCAUAUUUGAUUUCAUUGGAUCAACGAUAGACUUGUGAAGUCGAAAACUUCAGCAUAUGAAAGUUUCUACGAACUAGUGUUUCUGAAAUCUUGAUCCACUAUUCGCUUUUUUAAGGGUUUGGAUUUAAUGAUAUUUAUCAAGAAAUAGCAACAACAGUUGUUUAUCUUAUGUUAUUAUGGUAGAUUAGAGCCUGUACAUGUUUUUUGUAUCUUUGCUUUGGUGAAUUAGGGUUUCAAUUCAAGUAGAUGGAUAUCCCUCUUUUUCUUAAUGAUUUUUAGGUGAAAUUGGAUUUCCUUGUAUAUUUCUUUCUUUCUCUGAUGGAUUCUCAUGAAAGUUCCUUCAAUUGCUGAAAACCUCAGAAAGGGCUGCUCCUUCUUUGUGAUUCUCGAGAAAGCCUCAACUUAUUUGCACUAAUUAAUGAUAAACCUAUUCUAUAUAUGAUCUCUCCUGAAAAAUAGAAAGGGUGGAUUUUUUUUUCUGGACUAGCUGCUUGUUUUCAUUUUUGGCAUGAUCUAACUUGUCAUCCUAUUUGAUACUAAAUGCGAGGGAUAGAUUUUUAUGAUGUAAAAUGGGGAGAGUGUAGUUUAUGAUCCAAUAUAUUUACCGAUGGUUUUCUCGUCCUGUUUGCUCGGUGAGCUUAUUUCCUUCAGCUUCUUUGUGGAUCCAGUUGUUUGAUGCGUUCUCAUAUGAUUUCAGGUAUUGAUGUGAUGAUUUGGGAAUUUUGACUUCAGACUCUGUAAAUGUAUAUGAUAAUAUUUCUCUUCAAUAACUUAAGCAAGAUCUUGAAAUGAAGAAUCUAGCCAUAGAGGAAUUGAAUCAACACAUUCAUCUUGUGCUGUUCACACCUGAUUUUUUUGAUUAGCUAUUGCCUUGAAAAUUUCUCUGUUUUCGGAAUGGUCUUUUCUCUUUAAGGGGAUGACCGCCAUGGAGGGCCUCUAUACUCUUCGGGCCUCAUGGACUCGAGCCUGUUUCUCUCUCUUGCUCCCAACUUGGAUGUCUAUUGCCCUCCACGAAAGAGAUCUCGUGUCACGAAUCCCUUUGUUUUAUGGGAAGACGAGGCCAACUUUCAAAGGAAACCUUCUCUCAACAACCUUCCGGAUCAGUGCCUCUUCAAGAUACUCAGAAGGGUGACACCAGUCGUGAUAGGAGUGCAUGCGCUUGUGUUUCCAAGCUCUGGCUCAUGCUCCAGAGCACAAUUGACAAUGUGGUUGGGGGUCGUGGUGGUAGCAUCAUUUGUGCCCUGCUACGGUCUAAGUUUAUAUUUUCACCUAACGUAUUUAAAAACUACUAAUGAUUUUAAAAAACGAGUAGGGGCUCGUCAUUCCUAUUUAAUUACCAAAAGAAAGAAAAAAACUACAAUGGUUUCUACUUUGUAGACUCUUAAUAAAACUCCCAUGGGGAAUUCAGCUGAAUUAAAGUCAAUUUCCAAUUGAAUA